UGGUGUCUUUGAUCCGUUGGGUUUAGCAGCCCCAAUCACAGUUUGUGGCAAGAUCAUGAUGCAACGUUUGUGUCGAGCCUCAAUUGGAUGGGAUGACAUUGUUCCCGAGAGUGAGAUCAAGUGUUGGAGUAAGUGGCUGGAAAAGGUGUCCGGUCUUGCAACAGUGCGCAUCCCACGUUGCAUAUUUAUGGACCAAACGGCAUCAGCUCAGUUGCACGUUUUUUGCGAUGCAAGCACGGAGGCAUUUGCAGCAGUUUCUUACAUUAGACGAGUGACCAAAGACGGCGGGAUCACAGUGGGCAUAGUCAUGGCCAAGACAAGAGUUGCCCCUACCAAGACCAUAUCUGUCGCAUGACUGGAAUUGAACGCAGCUCUAUUAGGAGCUCGUUUAGCAGACACAUUGGAGAGUGCAAUGCGCGAAAUGGCAACUCCCAGGUUCUUUUGGACGGACUCUUCGGCAGUGCGGGUAUGGAUUGGUGGCACAUCAUCUUUUUACAAAACCUUUGUUGGUACUAGAAUUGGAGAGAUACAAACAUUAACCAAGAUAGAGGAGUGGAGACAUGUGCCAGGAAAAUGUAAUCCCGCAGACUUCGCAACACGUUCCCAGGUUCAUCAAGAUAUUAUUCCUGGUUCUUGGAUAAGUGGACCGGACUUUUUGUACACAAGUGAAGAGGCUUGGCCGCAGGACAUUGAGCCAGCCAAGAACAUGGAUGAGGCAAAAAAAGGUUUCCAAGCUUAUCAAUCGACAAUGGAGAAGAAAUCUCCUGUAGAUUGGGAGAGCGAUAAGGAUUUGGAUGACUUGGUAAAAUUGAUCAAGGCAGAGAAACCUGGGGAGGAUCCCCUCCAUUAUUUGAUAAAGAAAUCACAAGAAGAAGUGUUUGGAGAAGAAAUGGGGUUGGUAAAUCUUAGAAGGGAGUUACAACGGUCUUCGCGAUUGCUAGGGUUGAUCCCAUUUGUUGAUGAAGAGGGGCUUCUACGUGUGGGGGGAAGAAUUCAGCAUGCGAAGUCACCAUACGAGCAAAGGCAUCCGAUUAUUCUGGGUCCAAAACACCCUCUCACUAACCGGAUAUUGGAUAAACAUCACAUCGAAACUGAUCAUGCUGGAGUCAAUCAUAGCUUAGCUUUACUUCGACAAUACUACUGGCCAUUGGGAGCCAGAGAAUCCGUGAAGAGGGCCCGGAGUCGUUGUGAAGUGUGCAGGAAAGCUGCUGCCAGACCCAUGACUCAGAUUAUGGCCGAUCUUCCUCGUGAAAGAUUGGAUUAUCUGGCUCCGCCAUUCUUUCACACGUCUGUUGACUAUUUCGGACCUUACGUAAUUCUAAUCUCCAGGAAUAAAUCGGAGAAAAGAUGGGGCUGCCUAUUUACGUGUAUGACUACAAGAGCCGUACAUUUAGAGGUAGCGAAGGGACUCAGUGAGGAGGAUUUCUUGGUGGCCUUCCGAAUAUUCGAGAAUUUGCGUGGACGACCUCAAACCAUGUACUCAGACAAUGGCACUAACUUCAUUGCCGCCAAAAAGAGGUUGACUUUGGCAAAUACGAGCUUCGAAUGGAAAUUGCAACCACCUGGAGCGCCACAUUGGGGUGGGGUGCAUGAAGCCCUCGUGAAGUCUGUCAAGGCAGCUUUGGGGAAAAUAAUGGAACGCGAGGAUAAAUCUCUUCGGUAUCUUCGGGAAGAAGAAUUACGAUUAAUGUUUUCCGAGGUGUUGGGCUUCCUCAAUUCAAGGCCUUUGACCUAUGAAUCAAGUGAUCCUGGAGAUUUGGUCGGCCUGUCACCUAACCACUUCCUUCUGCAACGCCCAAAUCGAAUUGUCCCACCUGGAGAAUAUGCAUCUCUAUCUCCUAGGAGACAUUACGCAUAUGUACAAGGAUUGGUGGAUCAAGUAUGGAAGAGGUGGAUAGGCGAAUAUCUCCCAACGUUGAUAUCGAGGCAGAAGUGGCAGAAAUCGUCCCUCAACUUGGCGGUUGGAGAUAGUGUCUUAGUUGUGGACCCAAAUGCGCCGAGGGGUACAUGGAAGACAUCGUCGGUUGUUGAAGUUCAUUCUGGGAUCGAUGGUCGCGUUAGGGCGGCAACAGUUGAAUCCAGUGAUGGCCGCAAAACCAGACCUAUUACUAAAUUAUGCCUGUUGAGUACCCAAGAAGAGUGAAGAGACUAAUAGAAUCUGGGCAAGGAAUGGGGGGAGGAUGUUCAGACGGGUUUAAUGGACGAAUAUAGGCGUAGAUUCAUUGCCCAAUUUAUCAUGACCGUCUCUCGAGGAUUGGUGAUGAUUAUUGUAUAUUUCCGAAGUGCGAAUUUUUAUGUAGACAAGAAACAAAGAAAGACGGAGUGAGUC